AUGAUGAAGAUUUGCUGCUUUCUCCUCCUCUUAAGUUUGCUCAGAGGGCAAAUCAAUGCCAGCCCUGGAGUCAAAGUGAGGAUCACUCAGAAGGGGUUGGAAUAUGCCAAGGAAGUUGGGCUGGAAAUCCUGAAGCGGAAUAUGGAGAAGGAGCGUUUCCCUGAUUUGAGUGGCUAUGAGAAAUAUGGGCUUGGUAAUGUCAAAUACAACAUCUCAAGAAUACAUGUCACUGCUGUUGAAUUUCCCAGUGCUUCCAUCUCCCUCAUACCUGGGACUGGGAUAAAGCUGGUGAUUGGAAAUGCUUCUCUAACCAUUGAUAUGAACUGGAACAUAAGGACCUGGAUGUUCAAAGACACCGGAAGCAGCACAGUGUACAUUUCAAAGGUGUUCGUUACUGCAAUCUUUUCAACACCCGUGGAUAAGAGUGGUCAUACAUCAAUAGCACUUACCAGCUGUCGCACAACUUCUGGUGAUAUAGACAUCAAGUUGAAUGGGAAAAGUGGCUUCCUGCAUAACUUCUUUAUCAAGUACCUGAAGAAGCCCAUUCACAGGAGCUUGGUCACUAAUUCAUGUCCCAACAUCAGAUCUGGGAUCCAGUUGAUAGAUGAAGACCUCCGAUCACUGAAUGUCCCAAUGCUGAUUGAUGAUUUGGCUGAAGUAGACUACUCCUUAAACAGCUUGCCAGCAGUACUGCAAACAUUUGUUGACCUGGACUUAAAGGGAGUAGUCUACCCAGCUGGAAACUAUACUGACCCUCCCUAUGUGGCAGCCCCCUUCACUAUUCCAGACCAAAGCGACUCCAUGCUCUCCCUUGUGUUCUCAGAGUAUUUCUUCCAGACCUCCUCAUUUGCUUACUACACAGCAGGGGCCUUCAACAUCACCAUUACAGAGGAGACUUGCAGCUAUUUCAAUAUAAGCACAGAGAUAUUUGGCAGUAUCAUCCCUGAGGUAGCCAAAUAUUCAGUUACACCCUACCCAGUGAUGUUGAAGCUAAUGGCUACUGAAACACCCAUCAUCAGCUUAGAGCAGGAUUCCUUCACGGCAGAGAUUCAGGGCUCCAUGGAGGUGUUUGCUGUUCUUCCAGACGCAGCCACCCAGUUAUUGUUCACAAUGAACAUAGCAGCCAACACCAGCAUUGCUCUGAAUAUAUUUGACCAGAAAUUGAUGGGCUCACUCUGUUUGAACAGACUCCAGUUCUCCUUAGCCCACUCCAAUGUUGGCUUUUUUGAGAUCUCACUUCUGGAGAACAUCCUGUCUUACAUCUUACAGACUGAAGUCAUUCCAUCAGCUAAUGCUAAACUGUCAAAAGGAUUGCCUCUUCCCAAUCUGGCCAAUGUUACCCUUACGAGACCUCAUAUUACAAUUGUACAGGGAUACGUGUUGAUUUCUACCGAUGUCCACUACAAACACUAA